CCGGGCGGGAGGGCGGCAUGGCUCCCACCCUGCUCCAGAAGCUCUUCAACAAAAGGGGCGGCGGCGCGGCGGCCCCCCACGGCCGGGCUCCGGGGGAGGGGCCCGCCUUCAGCUGGUCCUCUUCGGAGUUGGACUUGAAUGAAAUCCGCCUGAUAGUUUACCAAGACUGUGAGAGGAGAGGCAGACAGGUCUUGUUUGAUUCCAAAGCAGUCUGCAAAAUUGAUGAAGCUGUGGUUCAGAAAAUGGCAGAUGAGGCUUCUGUAAAGACUUCUGCCAAGAACGGCCAAGCAAGCAAUGGGAACAACAGUGUUUCUUCCCAUAGUCCCUCUGUAAGCUGUAUGCAAAAUAUCAAAGAACAGAUACCGAAGUAUCAGUACACCAGACCAGCCUCCGAUGUCAAUAUGCUGGGAGAAAUGAUGUUUGGCUCAGUGGCAAUGAGUUACAAAGGCUCCACCUUGAAAAUUCACUACAUACGCUCUCCCCCACAGCUGAUGAUAAGUAAAGUCUUCUCAGCCAGGGUAGGAAGCUUCAGUGGAAGCAACAAUAACUUGCAAGAUAGCUUUGAAUGCAUCAACCAGGAUCCUAGUCUGGGAAAGCUGAGCUCCAAUCAGAAUGGUUUGGGAACCUGUCGCAGUGGAAGUAAUUUAGCGCACAGCACACCUGUUGAUAUGCCUAGCAGAGGACAAAACGAGGACAGAGACAGCGGCAUUGCUCGGUCAGCAUCUCUGAGCAGUCUACUGGUUACUCCUUUACCAUCUCCAAGCUCUUCAUCGUCAUCUUCUAGCAGCUAUCAACGUCGCUGGCUCCGAAGUCAGACAACCAGUUUAGAGAAUGGAAUUGUUCCAAGAUGGUCCACUGAAGAAAUGUUUAGUAUGGCUGAUGAAAGCUGCAGCUCCAAUCCUGCAAUGGUUCGGAGGAAAAAAAUUGCAAUCAGCAUCAUCUUUUCUCUGCCUGAAAAAGAAGAAGCUCAGAGAAACUUCCAGGAUUUCUUUUUCUCUCACUUUCCUCUUUUUGAGUCUCACAUGAACAAGCUGAAAUAUGCGAUAGAAAAGGCCAUGAUCUCAUGUAGAAAAAUAGCAGAAUCCAGCCAGAGAGUGCAGGUUUAUAUCAGCCGUGUCAUGGAUGCCCUGGGAGAAUUCAGAGUUACCAUCUGGAACCUAUAUUCUGUUCCAAGGAUUGCAGAGCCUGUGUGGCUUAAUAUGAUGUCCAGCACCCUGGAAAAGAAUCAGCUAUGCCAGCGUUUUCUUAAAGAAUUUACCUUUCUGAUAGAACAGAUCAACAAAAAUCAGUUCUUUGCUGCUUUGCUGACCGCAGUGCUGACGUAUCACCUGGCGUGGGUCCCCACAGUGAUGCCCGUUGACCAUCCUCCCAUCAAGGCCUUCUCUGAGAAGCGCACAUCCCAGUCUGUCAACAUGCUGGCAAAAUCCCACCCAUAUAACCCUCUCUGGGCACAGCUGGGUGAUCUCUACGGUGCCAUAGGCUCUCCAGUUAGACUGACUCGGACUGUGAUUGUUGGGAAGCGCAAGGAGCUGGUGCAGCGCUUGCUCUAUGUUCUAACUUACUUCAUCCGGUGCUCUGAGCUGCAGGAAAAUCAGCUGACCUGGAGUGAGAAGGCCGGGGAAGGAGAGCAGGUGCUAAAUGGAAGCAAGAUCACAACUGCGCUAGAAAAGGGAGAGGUAGAGGAAUCUGAUUAUGUGGUUGUCACUGUUAAAAAUGACCCUGCUCUUGUGCCUCCAAUCCUACCUCCAAAGAAUGAUGGAAGUAAGAACAACAGUACCGCAGAGUGGGUGCAUGAACCAGAAAGCACUCAGGCAGUCCCAGUCUCUUCAAAAGAAAAGAGGGAAGCAAUAGAAAAGGCAAGUCAGACGUCUGAAACAUCUGUUGACUGUCUAACUGGCAGUUUCUGUAGAGGAGCAGCUGAUGGUAGGAAAAGAACUGUCACUGAUACAGGAAUCAUAUCCCACCACUCUGAAGCAUCAUCUAAAUUAGAGGAUGUAAUGGAUACAAAGAAGAACAAGAACCAGAAUGAGAGAAAAGUGGAGAAGCAGUUUUCUAGUAGGUCAUGUGCUGUACCUUGUCCUGAAAGGUCUGGCCACAGGACUUCACACUUGGAAAAGGUCACAUUCCAGAUUGGAAGUUCAGCAUCACCAGAGUCAGACUUAGAAACUCAUAGAAGAGAAAUGGAAGAAAAUCUGAAGACGUUAAUUAAACAUCCUGAGGUGAUACAUUGUGCCUCAAGUUCCACAAGUCUGACUGUGGAUGCUUCUCAGAAUCAAGACAGUUGUGAAGCUGCCUUUAUCAGUAAACAUAAUGUUUGUUAUGCACAAAUCCCACCGUGUGAGGAGAAGGAAAGUAUACUUAACCAACAUAUGGAAAGUAAAGGAACUGAAGUGAAUUUAAUUAAUUCAAUAUCUAGUGAAGUGCUUUUGCCCACAGAUAACAUAGAAACUGUAAAAUUGCCAAACAUGAAAGAAAAUAGAACUUUAUGCUCUGGCAAUCUGGAGAACUAUUCUUCUGACUGUGUAGAAGCAGAUUCUGCUGUCAAACAGGAUUCCUCUAAAGUAGGUGCUAAAGAUGUCCCCUAUGGGGAUUCUGGAAGGAAAACCUCCUUCAGAGUUGAAGGGGACAUUCCAAGGAAUGAGAGUUCAGACAGUGCUCUUGGAGCUAGUGAUGAAGAAGGUGAUUGUUGUAUCCCUGAUGAAAUGCAUCAUGAUAACAUCAGCAAACGGCUUGAGGAAUUUGCAGAAGUGGAACUUCCUUUGCCAAGGUCAAAUACCAUCAGCAGUCAAUGUGUGAAAAACUUUGGAAGAUCACUUCUGGGUGGUUACUGUCAUACAUAUAUACCUGAUCUAGUGCUGCAUGGAAUAAAUAAUGAUGAAAAACUCAAGCAGUGUCUACUAGCAGAUCUACUUCAUGCAAUGCACCAUCCAGUGCUAGAUGAGCCCAUAGCAGAAGCUGUCUGCAUUAUUGCAGACACAGAUAAAUGGAAUGUACAAGUAGCUACAAGCCAGAGGAAGAUGAUGGACAGUGUGAAGUUAGGCAAGGAUGUUCUGGUUUCAAGUCAAGUAUCCAGUCUGUUGCAGUCUAUUUUACAGCUUUACAAACUGAACGUCCCAGCUGACUUUUGCAUAAUGCAUCUUGAGGAUAGACUGCAAGAGAUGUAUCUCAAAAGCAAAAUGCUUUCAGAAUAUCUGCGAGGACAUACAAGAGUGCAUGUAAAAGAACUAGGAAUUGUAUUGGGGAUUGAAUCCAAUGACUUGCCUUUGUUGGCUGCUAUAGCAAGUACUCAUUCCCCAUAUGUUGCUCAAAUACUCUUAUAAAUUAAAUUCUCAGGAUAGUCAUUCCCUAAAAGUACAGUUAUGAAAAUGGGAAUGUUGAAUGAAGAACAGAGGUGCCAAACACUGGUAAAGGGGAGCACUGAUGAAAGCAGGUGAUGACUGUACGUUCUGCCACCUUCCGAUCCUGAUUUCAGCCGGAUGCUUUAUCGGAGGACUUCAGUUUACAUAACACAAAAGGCAUUCAGGUUUUUCUUACAAUCUCACUUCUGACUUAAAUCAAGAGACUGCAUCCUUGCAUUUUAUUUUUAUUCAAAGGACAAAAGUUAACACUAUGUGGCAGACCGGGUGCUGCCAUCCAAAACGCUGCUCAAAACCAUGAAGUACCAGUUAAAAGAACAAGUGGGUUAGAAUGGAUUUUGUAAUACUAUGCUUGUGAGUGUGGUGUGGUGUAUGUCUCUUUGCUGGGGAGGAGGAGGAGGAGUAGCUGUUAACUCUGUAUAUAGCAUUCCUAUACAAAAGUGUAUUUGGUGGGACAUGAUUUUCUUGCAGAACAUACGUGUGGUUUUGUAUAGUAGAAGUGAUGGGCUCAAAACAAGGAACUUGGAUUCAGCAGCCAGAUGUCAUGUGGGAAUGGAGGUGUGUGUGAGCUUGAUGUGACUUUUCCAUUUAAGGACAAGAGGUUGAGAGCUGUGGCUUGCUUCUGUUUUAAUGAGGAGGCAUUCUAAUGGGCCCAUGGCUGCAAGUGGAAUGGAAUGGACAUCCGAGAGAGGGAUUUUGUGGGAAAGCCUUAUGGAACUUCUGCUACAAGUUUACAUUUGUUGCUGAUGCAACUUCAGUAACUGUUGAUUUGCUGUAUGACUGUGGUCCUGGGAACUAAACUUGUCUUGGUGUCAUCAAGUAUUGCUAUCUCCAAGGAGUAUGAAUUUGGAAAACUUGUGAACGAUGCCAGUGCUAUGAGCAUGUGUCCGUGUGCACAUACACCAAACAAUUGGCACAAACUGAAGACAAUCGUAUUGGGGAAAUACAAGAUAUCAAACAACCCCCACCAAACCUUUAGUCAAAAGUAUUACUUUUUUCCAGCUAUGAGUUGUCACUCUGAGUAGGAAUAGAACAGGAACGUUGUUUGAAGUAAAAUGAAAUGUGGGGGCAAACCCCAAUAUUUGAUAUUACUCUGAAUGUUUGCAAUUACCCUUUUUGAUUCUACAGAAAUCUUGAACUAUCAUCCAGGUGCCUUUCCUUACUAGAUUAUCUACUCUGACACCAGAAACUACUUCUCCACUAGUUGAUACUGGCCUUUGGUGUUUCUAGAAAGCAAAAUAAAAUUUUGUACUUCACUGUUUUCACGUGGUUGAUUAAAAUGAAUGUAAAAAAUACCUUUUUUUGCAUAAAGCACUGUUAAGCUGGAUAUGAAAAUAUGGACCAGACUGAGGAGAGAACAAAGGAUCAAAACAUGCUCAAAUGGAAAACUCAAUGUUGGACUGUUCCGUUGUGAGCCACUGUGAAUACGGUGUCUGAAACUGUCAUCUUGCAAGCAAAUUUCUGGCAACACAAUUGCUUGAAAAUAGUGAAUUCUAAAAAGAAACUCCUGGUCACCAGUUGUGAGUUCUCCUUGUUGGUGGUUACAGAUUUUUAACACUGAAGGGACACACUUUUAUUAAAAGUGUUUUUAUUUCCUACUACCUUGAUGUUUGGACUUUUCUACAGUAAACUUUCAAUUAUUUGAAAUAAUGAAAUGUGCUUAUUGUGAAUUGUUUAAAUGUGAUGGGGUUUUAUUAACCUUGUGUUGCUUUUUGAGGGAAAUAGGUAGACUGGCCUACUGUGAAAAGAGGUUGUUUCCACGUGGAGGGAUACUUAAUAUUCUGAUACAACACUUCUUAAGCUGUUCCUUCUAUGCUGGUUUUCUGACCUGACAUUCCAAAUAUUUCUUUUAUUGCUUUUCAUAUUUCUCCCUAGUGUUCUGCCUAAAAAGGCUAAAAUCUUUCUAUGGUUCAGGUUUUUUUCUGCUGCUUUAUAGCUAAGCAAACUUUUCAUAUCUUUGGUCUGUGAAUCCUAUCUGCUGGAAAGUAAAUUUACCUCUGCAUAUGGCUUUUAGCAGAUACCACUUUCUGUUUCACAAGGUUAAAACAAGGAGCGAACCAUAGAGCAAGUCAUGUAUUCCUAAACUGCCCUCUUGGUGGAGAAUGUGUGUGUGCAUGUGUAAGACUAUGAAACUGCUUCUCUGAGUGUAUAUAGAAAUCCUCUUGUACUUUCUCUAUUUCAUGUCACUCUUAAAUAGUAGCUGACAUCAUUUAAAGUCAGUCCAGUUCUUUUAAAGUGGGGGUUUUAUCUGAACAGACUCUGACAGUUCUACAAAGAAAUAUAUGCUAACUUAAAGAUGUGCUUUUGUUGUCACAGGGUUUACUAAAGAGGACAGAGAUCUGCAGGCAUUCAGUGAAUUCAAGAUUAAUACCAUAAUCAAUAAUAGACCUGAUUUUACCACAUGAAAUGUUAAAAAGAAAAUAA